GGUGUUGAGGAAUGGAAUAUUGCUCAUCUUAAUACAAUAUUAGAUGUUGUAGGAGAAGACUGCGGGAUUUCUAUCGAGGGUGUAAAUACGCCAUAUCUGUAUUUUGGCAUGUGGAAAACAACAUUUGCAUGGCACACUGAAGACAUGGAUCUCUACAGUAUUAAUUAUCUCCACUUUGGGGAGCCAAAGUCAUGGUACGCUAUUCCUCCAGAGCAUGGGAAACGGCUUGAAAGACUAGCUCAAGGGUUCUUCCCAAGCAGCUAUCAAGGAUGUGAUGCUUUUCUUCGCCACAAAAUGACUCUUAUUUCUCCAUCAAUAUUGAAAAUGUAUGGAAUUCCUUUUGACAAGGUUACACAAGAGGCAGGAGAAUUUGUGAUCACUUUUCCAUAUGGAUAUCAUGCAGGAUUUAACCAUGGUUUUAACUGUGCAGAGUCAACAAACUUUGCCACCAUUCGAUGGAUUGAUUAUGGAAAGGCAGCAAAGUUGUGCACUUGUAGGAAAGACGUGGUGACAAUAUCCAUGGACGUCUUCGUGAAGAAGUUUCAACCAGACAGAUACCAGCUGUGGAAACAAGGCAAGGAUUUAUACACCAUUGAUCAUACAAAACCAACUCCUGAAUCAACACCUGAAGUAAAGAUCUGGCUAAAGAAAAGAAAGAAAAUGAAGAACUUUCACAAGCGCUUCCACAACACCAGAUCUCAAUCUAAGAAGUUUAAAACUCCAGAGGACAUCAGAGUAUCUGCUAUGGUAGCUGGUGCAGAAAUCACAGCAACUGAAACAGCUACUGACUUCAAGGUCAGUGAAGAACCUGGACAAAAAGUGAUACUGGUAAAUGCAGGAGUGCCUUCUGGGGAAGAAGAAAACAGUAGCAGAAUGCAGCUGGAUCAACACUUAUUGGAUAAUGUCAAGGUUGAAGGAGGCAUCCAUUCAGACUCUUCUUCAAUCCCUGUUCCUACACUGGGGAAACCAAAAAUAGAAGAUGAGGACAAGAGAUCUUCCAGUCAUUCUGGGGCCCACAUGCCUGCCUCUGAUAGCUAUAGAAAAGAAGAAAGUUUGAAACUUCACGUUUGGUCUGCUUCAUCCGUAGCGUACCAUAAGUCAGAGCGACAAGCUUCUGAAACAGAAAAUCCUGAUAAAGAGGAAUAUGUCUCAACAGAGGAUGAUGUCGGUGACCUAGAAAGCUGUGAAAGUAGAUUGGAGCAUGGAGUAGUGCCCACUGUGAAAAAAGAUGAAGAUGAUGGCAUGGAAACAUCCAAUUCAGCAGAAGAUGAAAGAAAGAAAAUAUCUAAAAGUUGGCGUCAUCCACUAAGUAAACCCCCAGCCAGAUCUCCAAUGAUUUUGGUUAAACAGCAAGCAACAGGUGAUGAAGAACUGGCUGAGAUUACCUUAACUGAAGAGAAAGUUCAAGAGACAGAGACAUGGGCCAGGCCUUUGGUUUACCUUUGGCAGACAAAAGCACCCAAUUUCAAUGCUGAAAAAGAAUACAAUGCAGCUUGUGCAAAAAAAGAACCACACUGUGCCAUUUGCACACUCUUCAUGCCAUAUAAGACAGACAAUUAUGAUGAAGAAAGUCCUGUUUUCAGGGAAACAGACUCAGCAGGAACAUUGGUGGCUGAAAAUGAAAAGAGUAAACCUCUUAUUCCUGAGUUGUGUUUUAUUUAUAGUGAAGAAAACACUGAAAACUAUCCAUCAAAUGCCUUUAUUGAAGAAGAUGGAACAAGUCUUCUCAUUUCCUGUACAAAGUGUUGUGUACGGGUUCAUGCAAGUUGCUAUGGUGUUCCUUCUCAUGAAAUCCAUAAUGGAUGGUUGUGUUCUCGAUGCAAAAAAGAAGCCUGGACAGCUGACUGUUGCCUCUGCAAUUUGAGAGGUGGUGCAUUAAAGCAAACUACUGACAAGAGGUGGGCACACGUAAUAUGUGCGAUUGCCAUCCCAGAAGUCAGAUUUGGUAAUGUCACAGAACGUACACCGAUAGACACUAGCAAAAUACCUUUGCAAAGAUUAACAUUGAAAUGCAUCUUCUGCAGACACAGAAUUAAGAAAAUUUCUGGUGCCUGCAUACAGUGUUCAUACGGAUGCUGCCCAGCCUCUUUCCAUGUUACCUGUGCCCAUGCUGCAGGAGUGUCUAUGGAACCUCAUGACUGGCCAUAUGUUGUCUACAUCACAUGUUUCAGGCACAAGAUCAACCAAAAUGUGAGAGCCAAGGCAUGUGAGAAGGCUCUUACAGUUGGGCAGACAGUCAUCACAAAACACAGGAAUACACGAUACUAUAGUUGCAGAGUCAUAGCAGUGACAUCUCAACUUUUCUAUGAAGUCAUGUUCGAUGAUGGAUCUUUCAGCCUGGAUACUUUUCCUGAAGACAUUGUGAGCAGAGAUUGCCUAAGGCUGGGUCCACCUGCAGAGGGAGAAGUUGUCCAAGUGAAAUGGCCUGAUGGAAAACUGUAUGGUGCAAAGUAUCUGGGAACAAAUACAACCAACAUGUAUCAGGUUGAGUUUGAAGAUGGUUCUCAAACAGUAAUGAAGAGAGAAGAGAUCUAUACACUAGAUGAAGAGCUUCCUAAGAGAGUAAAAGCACGUUUUCCUCUGACAUGA